GGUGGAGACAAGCCGGAAGUGGCCUGACGCCAUCGCGCUCUGUGAGCAGUCAUAGAAAGCGCGCGAGGAGCAGAAGGGUUUACUGGAGAUGUCGAAGAGGAAGAGCUGUAAUUCAGGGCAGACGCCUGAUAAGAGAAGCCGGUUAUCCCAACCCGAGCCCUCUGAAGAGGAUGAAACGGGCUACUUCAGUUCAGGAGAUGUUAUGAGCACAUCACAGAGUGUCACAGGUGAAGUGGGCAUCAUAGAGAGUAUCUCUCUAAGGAACUUCAUGUGUCACUCGAUGCUUGGUCCCUUUGAAUUUGGUCCAAACGUCAACUUUGUCGUAGGAAACAAUGGAAGUGGAAAAAGUGCCGUGCUGACAGCUCUGAUUGUAGCCCUGGGCGGUAAAGCUCACACCACGAACAGAGGCUCCUCACUCAAAGGAUUUGUGAAGGAAAGAGAGAGUUCUGCAGAUGUGUCCAUCACUCUGAGGAACAGGGGUCGUGAUGCGUAUAAGCCAGAAGUGUUUGGCCAGUCCAUCAUCGUAGAUCUUCGUAUUUCCAGCGAGGGAAUGCGAACAUAUAAACUAAGAAGUAAAACAGGUCGCUUAGUGUCAUCAAAAAAGGAAGAACUGAUCUCCAUUUUGGAUCACUUUAACAUCCAGGUGGACAAUCCGGUCUCUAUCCUAACUCAGGAAAUGAGUAAACACUUCCUCCACUCCAAAGGAGAGGGCGACAAAUAUAAAUUUUUCAUGAAGGUCACUCAGCUUGAUCAGAUGAAAGAAGAUUACAGCUACAUCAUGAAGACCAAGACCAUGACCCAGAAUACAGUGGAGAAGCACAGGGAGACUCUACAAGAGCUGAAGAGAAAGUACCAUGAGAAAGAAGAGCGCUAUAAAAGUCUGGCUUCACUUGAUGAAAUGCAGAAGAAGUUGGAUGAGCUGAAGAAUCAGAUGGCCUGGGCUCUGGUUAGGAAUCACUGCCAGCAUAACAUGAACUGUGACUGCAUGGCUCAAAUCAAAAUGGCUGGUCUUCAUCGUAAAAAGACUAACUUGAGAGACCUUGAAAAGGAUAAAGAUCAGCUUAACAAGCGGAUCCGAGAACUCAAACACAGCAUAAGUCAGACGAACUCAACUGACACUCAUGCUCGUGUGGAGAAGAUGAAUCACAUUCAGGCUGAGCUGGAACAACUAAAUUUCCAGGACUCCACUCUGACUCAGCAGAUUGAUCAGCUUAAACAGGCCUGCUCCACAGCUAAAGACAGACUGGGUAAAAUGAGCCGUGAAAAGCAGGACCUGCUGCGUGCGAUGGAAUCUAAACGACGUGACCUGGCUGCAAUGGAAAGCAGUCGAGAAAACCGACUUUGUCGCUUUGGUGAGCAUAUGCCAGCACUGCUAAGGGCUAUAGAUGAGGCUGACCAGCGGGGUCAGUUCAGGAAGAAACCUGUAGGACCGCUCGGAUUCUGUGUAUGUCUGCGGGAUCCAGAGCUGGGUCUUGCAGUGGAGUGUUGUCUGAAGGCUCUGAUGUUAGCUUUCUGUUGCGAUAACCACGCUGACGAGAGAGAGUUACAGAGAAUCAUGAGUCGCCACUUCCAGCAGGGAAGACGACCUCAGAUCAUCGUCAGCACGUUUACCAACACGGUCUAUGAUGUCAGGGGCAGGGCAGUCAAUCACCAUGAAUAUCCAACUGUGCUCCAGGCACUUGACAUUGAGAAUCCAGUUGUGGCCAACUGCUUGAUAGACAUGAGGGGAAUUGAAACCAUUCUGCUCAUCAAGAACGCUAAAGAUGCGAGAAGGGUCAUGCAGAGUGAAGACCGACCACGCAACUGCAGGGAGGCCUUCACGCGUGAGGGGGACCAGGUCUACUAUAACCGUUACUACUCCUCCGAACAGAACAGAGCACUCUACCUCAGCAGAGAUGUCGAAGAGGAAAUCAGACAUUUGCAAUCUGCUUUACAUGCCCAGAGAACACAUUUGGAUCGCUUUCAGCAGGACAUGCAGCAGGUCACUGAGGACGAGAAGCAGAACCAAACUCUUCUUCGCAGAGCCUAUGAAGAACACAAGAAAGCCCAGGAACGUUGUCGGAAGCUUCAAGCAGAGCUGACAGAAUUGCAAAAUGUUGAGGAACCUCAGUCAGAAGAUUUGAAACCUUUGGAAGAGGACCUGGAGGAGCUCAGCAGCCGAAUAAGUAUGUGUAGAGAGGAAUUUGAAGCUGCGCGGAAUCAGGUGCUGACACACAAGAGGGAAUAUGAGGAGGCUGAGCAGCUCUCCCGGCAGCAGAGGGAAGCUUUUAACAGCAUCGCAGAGGAAGCUGAGCCCAUUAAGGAGCAAUUGAGCAACAGUGAUCAGGAGUUGGAGAGGAGUAAACAUCAUAAAAAACACUAUGAAGAGAAGCGGAAAGCCCAUGUGGACAUGAUUGAGACACAAAAGAAGAACUUGAAUGAGAAGGACCAGCUGUUACAGGCUUCCAUAGCGAAAGCCUUAGAAAUUUGCCCAGAGCUCUUGGAUGUGAGGAGAACAGCGAAGAGUUUGGACAGCGAGAUCAGCCGCCUCAGACACAAGAUCAACACACAGCAGGACCAACAAGGACACAGAGACACUAUCGAGCAAUUGAGCAACAGUGAUCAGGAGUUGGAGAGGAGUAAACAUCAUAAAAAACACUAUGAAGAGAAGCGGAAAGCCCAUGUGGACAUGAUUGAGACACAAAAGAAGAACUUGAAUGAGAAGGACCAGCUGUUACAGGCUUCCAUAGCGAAAGCCUUAGAAAUUUGCCCAGAGCUCUUGGAUGUGAGGAGAACAGCGAAGAGUUUGGACAGCGAGAUCAGCCGCCUCAGACACAAGAUCAACACACAGCAGGACCAACAAGGACACAGAGACACUAUCGUCAGGCAGUUUCAUGAGGCGAAGGAAAACUUCAAUAACAUAGCCCGACAGUUCAAGGGUCUGGAGGCAUUCAUCCGCCAGUUAACUGAGAUCAUGAACAUCAGACACAACGUCUACGCUGAACUGAGAAUGUAUCUUUCUGUACGCUGCAAGUACUACUUUGACUCCAUGCUGUCUCAGAGAGGAUACAUAGGGAAGAUGACCUUUGACCAUAAGAAUGAGACUCUCUCCAUAUCAGUUCAGCCAGGAGAGGGUGGUAAGGCCGCUCUGAGUGACAUGCGUUCACUGUCUGGAGGAGAGCGUUCGUUUUCUACCGUGUGCUUCGUUUUGUCACUGUGGGCCAUAUCUGAUGCUCCGUUCCGUGCUUUAGAUGAGUUCGAUGUGUAUAUGGACAUGGUGAACCGGAGGAUCUCCAUGGACAUGAUGCUAAAGAUCGCUGCCAGUCAGCGCUACAGACAGUUUAUUUUCCUCACACCACAGAGCAUGAGUUCUCUGCCAGUCAAUAGCCUGAUCUGCAUCCACCGUCUGAAUGACCCUGACCGCAGCGAGUCAACCCAGAAUGAUGCUGCUAUCCUUUGAACAUCUUAUGUGCAUCAGGCAAAUCAAGACAAAUCAGGCAAAGUACUUACAGCUGACAGCUGCACUUUACAGUUCUAUGCGCACAAGUUUACAGGCUUUUUUUCUAAGAUCAUUUAAAUUUACAU